UACCGCGCACGUGAUCGGUGCGAGCGAUGCGGCCCGUACAUUAGGGCAAACCGGCCCGCCCCACUAUGCGAGGUCGAGCGCAACGAGAGGAGCGCCGUGGGCGAGUUCGACUGCGUCAUGGGAGAGGAGGCGGAAUUCGUUGCCGGGGACGGUGAGGAAGUUGCUUCUACCGCGGCGGAUGUAGAAAAUGAAUUGAUUGAAGAGGAGAAAAAUAAGGAUGGUGAAGUCUCUCCAGCAAUUAUUGCAGUUCAUCCAUAUGAGAAAUCAGUUGCCGUUGCUGUGGGAUCUGAACUCCGGCUGUUCGAUUUAGAAGGUGACUGCUCAGUCUCAUUAAUAGAUGAUUCAGGUGGGUCUCCCCAUACAGAUUCUAUUAGAGCAAUUAAAUUUGGCGCAAAUGGGCGAUUGUUUGCAUCUGCUGGAGAUGACAAACUUGUCAAGAUAUGGGUGACAAAUCCUUGGCGGUGCAUCUGGACUGUGCCUGCUGAUAAACGAGUUAGCGCUGUUGCUAUUAGCCACAGUGGUCAUUAUGUUGCAUUCGCUGAUAAGUUUGGUGUUGUAUGGUUGAUUGAAAUUGACGAAGAAAAAGUUCAACAAUUAAAAUUUGAUAGCAAGCCCGUGCCAAUUCUUGGUCAUUACUGUAGCAUUAUCACUAGACUGGAUUUUUCAGCAGACGAUAGAUUUAUUGUAAGUGCAGAUCGGGAUUUCAAAAUUCGUGUUACUGUGUUCCCUAAAGAACCACUAAAUGGUGCACAUGAAAUACAAAGUUUCUGCCUUGGUCACACGGACUUUGUUUCUUGUCUUGCCUUUGUAUGUCCUUUUGGUCAUGCUAAUGGUUUUCUUCUCUCUGGAAGCGGAGAUUCAACUGUUCGGUUAUGGGAUUUUGUUUCUGGCACUCUGCUUGCUACUUGUGAAGUUAGAGCUAAGGCAGGACAGUCACAAUCCAAUGGACCGGACACUUAUUCACCAGUCACUGAUCUUUGCGCCUCUUUCGACGGUUCUAUAAUUGUCGCUGCCCUUCAAAACUUGCAUGGAGUGGUACUUUUGAAUUGUGAUUUUCCAAAUGGAAAUCUUUCAGUUGCCAAGGUUGUUUCUUUUGAAGAGACCUAUUUCCCAACCAGUUUGGUGCUGAGUUCCUCGACCCAACGCUUGUGGAUGAUUAUGGGUGCAUCGAAUCUUCCUAUGGUGGGCACAACCCAUUUACCAACCCGCCUCAAGGUCAUCUCUGUUCCAGAAAAAGAUCCAUCACUCAACUACCGCCAUGAUCCUGUUGUUCUGGAGGACAAUGAAAUACCAGGAGGGCAAAAGCUCCUCUCAGAACUGCAGGGAACUCCAGAUAUUACACAGGAAGAAGCAACUUUAGCAGCAGCAGCUGCAGCAGUUAAAUUGUCGAUGCGCAGCAUGAUGAUAAAAAAGGAAUACAAUUUAGAGAAAAGGGAGAUGAGAAAAAAGAAUAGAAACGAUAGGAAGGCCAGGUAGAAGAGAUUGGAGUACGAAAAAUAGUCGAAAUAUUGUAGUGCUAUCAAAAUAUGUAUGAACAAUUUUGUUCUCAUAAUUUAAUGGUUAUGUUGUUGAAGAUUUUAUGGUUA